AUGGUGAAAAUCGAUUUAAACGAUGAACAGGAGUUUAGUCAUGACCUUAAUAUGGAACAUGAACCACCGGAUGAACCAAUGUUGGUGCCGUCGACUAUUGCUGCCAUCACAGUUACUUCCACUAGAGCCGCUCGAACAACCACAGAAGCAAUUGUGCAACUAACGACAAGCAAAGAAUCGUUAAAAGAUACGGUGGUAAAUUUCGUCGGAGAUAAAGCUAAAACACUUUCUGAUAUUGCCCGGAAAAAAGUAGUGGCAAAAACCGGUUUGUCUGAAUGGACUUUCGUUUUUUUCGGUAUAAUUUGCAUUGCACUAAUUCUAUGUUGCGCUUUCUUUCUGAUACGAAAAUUAUUUGGCAAAAAACGACAUGGCGAAAAAAAACAGAAAGGACUGAAAGGAUUUUUUGGCGGAAGAGGAGCGGACCUCAUCACGAUUGAUAAAAAUAAGCUAGCAACUGAUUUAGAGCAGUUGGAAGAAAAUAUGGAACAAAAUGAGAAGGAACAAGCAGAAGAAAAAGAAGAAGUAAAACUUGGAAGACUACAGUAUAAGCUUGACUAUGAUUUUCAACAAAAUCAGUUAGCAGUAACAGUGAUACAGGCAGAAGAUUUGCCAGGUAUGGAUAUGAGCGGAACAUCAGAUCCCUAUGUGAAAUUGUAUCUUCUACCGGAAAAAAAGAAGAAAGUAGAAACGAAAGUACAUCGCAAAACGCUUAAUCCUGUUUUCAAUGAAACAUUUAUAUUCAAAGUACCGUUCGUUGAAAUUGCAUCGAAAACACUGGUUUUUGCUGUGUACGACUUUGAUCGUUUCUCUAAACAUGAUCAGAUCGGUCAGGUACUGAUACCACUUGGUAAAAUAGAUCUUGGCCAAGUAAUCGAGGAAUGGAAAGACAUUGCACCGCCACCUGAUGACAAAGAAGCCGAUAAAAGUUUGGGCGAUAUUUGCUUUUCAUUGAGGUAUGUACCAACAGCUGGUAAACUUACAGUAGUUAUCCUGGAAGCCAAGAAUUUGAAAAAGAUGGAUGUUGGUGGAUUAUCAGAUCCAUACGUUAAGAUAGUAUUGAUGCUAAGUGGGAAACGGUUGAAAAAGAAGAAAACGAGCAUCAAGAAGUGCACUCUAAAUCCUUACUACAACGAAUCAUUCUCAUUUGAAGUACCAUUUGAGCAAAUUCAGAAAAUAUCAUUGAUGAUAACUGUGAUGGAUUACGAUAAGUUGGGCUCAAACGAUGCAAUCGGCCGAUGCAUAUUGGGCUGUUCAGCAACAGGUGCCGAAUUGCGACACUGGAUGGACAUGUUAGCCAGUCCGCGUAGACCCAUUGCUCAAUGGCAUACUUUAGGCCCUGUAGAAGAGCCUGAAAGACCUUAA